AUUACAUUGACAUUGAAAUGAUGAUAUGCUUAGUUGGUAGGUAGGGAGUUUGAUUGGGUGCAUUGGGCAAUUGUACCCGCCGUUCACCAUUUUUUCAACUCCCUUCACAUUCACAUUCACCUUCACCUACCACAAUCACUUCCUUCCAUUCAUUCAUUCCUAUAUAUAAUAACUAACUAACUAACAACUUAACAUUAUUACCAUCACAAUUCAUAACAGUUUCUCCAAAUCAAUGGCACUUCCGUGUGUAACCGCUUUGAAUAUCGAGAACAACAUAUUCCCUCCCACCGUCAAACCACCGGGAUCCACUCACAACUUCUUCCUCGGCGGUGCAGGAGAGAGAGGUCUUCAAAUUCAAGACAAAUUUGUCAAAUUCACCGCUAUUGCUAUUUAUUUACAGGCCACUGCUGUUCCUUACCUCGCCGAUAAAUGGAAGGGUAAAUCCCCACAAGAGUUAACGGAAACCGUUCCUUUCUUCAGGGACAUCGUUACAGGUCCAUUUGAGAAAUUUAUGCAGGUGACAAUGAUCUUGCCAUUGACCGGGCAACAAUACUCAGAGAAAGUGUCAGAAAAUUGUGUAGCCAUUUGGAAGUCUCUUGGGAUUUAUACCGACGAAGAAGCCAAAGCAAUUGACAAGUUUGUUUCUGUCUUCAAAGAUGAAACAUUCCCACCUGGCUCCUCUAUCCUUUUCACAGUAUCACCCGAAGGAUUAGGAUCACUAACGAUAAGUUUCUCUAAAGAUGGAUCCAUUCCAGAGGUUGCAUCUGCAGUUAUAGAGAAUAAGCUACUUUCACAAGCCGUGCUUGAGUCGAUGAUAGGUGCGCAUGGCGUCUCCCCUGCAGCAAAACAGAGUUUGGCCACCAGAUUAUCUGAGUUAUUCAAAGAGGUUGGUGAUGCUAACAACUGAUUAUAUCAACAAAACGAAGAUGAAAGGUUGUUCUGCAAUAAAGACCAAGCGGAAAUUUUAUCUUAGGUGCACUUUGAAAUGACCUCUUUGGCGACUUUUUAGUGUACUAAUAAUAAAAGAGUGUGUUUGUUUCAUGUUGUAAUAUUAUUUUAAAAAAUGUGAGGUAAGAAAUGAGACCUUCUUAUGUUUAUUUCAACUAUUGAAAAAUUAUUUGCAUGUA